CGUGGAUGGUUGUGAUAUUUGCAGUUUUCUUCGAGUAGACGGAUAACUUUGAGUUAUUUUUAAAUAUGUUCUAACUGCUUUACGCCGGACGUUCAAGUGCCAUCCCACAAGUACCCCCAGUUUUCGAGAGGUGUACACAGCGGUGCAGAGAACCAAAAAAAAAACAAAUCUCUUCAUGUCUAUCCGUUUGUGAGCGCCCACCGUAAUAAUUAUCCGAGAAAAAAAACGCGCUGAUCUGCCGUGUGGAAAACCAAGUAACCGACCGUUGCCUUCUAGAAUCGGUUGAAAAAUCCAUCACCUACUGUGCUUCGAGAGCGACCGUUGGCCGGGAGGAUGCAAAGAUGAUUCAAUCAAUGAACUGAGCUCUUUCUGUUCGGUGGCUAAUAGAUUCUAUGUACCAUCGGCCGGCCGGGAGUGUACAUUGUACAUAGAUCGAAAUUUUCGGAGGUCCAAACAUUUGAAUGCGAGCCCGAUAUUUGCAGUUCUAGUGCGAGCGCCAUGUGGAAAACAGCCACCGUCCUGAGUUGCAAGAUUUGGUUCCUGCUGGUGCUGUUUUCCGGGGUGCACCAUGGGUCGGAUUUGACGUCCGUGGAAAAGAGGGAUGGUGACGGUAGGGAAGUUACUGCUGGUUUGCCGGAUCUGUAUCGCUACGACAACUAUGGCCAGUGCUUGGAGCGAGGAAGUGCCUUCUGUAUGGUUCGGGCCGUGGUCAAGCCGAAGCCCUUGAGUGAAGUGUGGAAUCGGAUACAGAAUGUAAGCGCCGACGUACGCCACUAUCGACAUAAUCUGCUGGAUCGAGGCGUUUGCGUCGCCGAGUGUUUACGAUCCACGAAAGGACUCAGCCGAAGCCAGCGCCAAGAAUUGCUGGUCGAGCCGUUCACGGUGGAUUUUAAUUACCACUUCGAGAGCAAAUACUUCCCGCAUCAGUCGCGCCACCGAGAGCUGUACGGCGAAGUGGUGAACUUGUGCGUCAACCAGGAGCUUCGGACGGAUUUUGCGCUGCAAGUAUUCACAGAGAUUGAGUACUGCCAUGAGCCCGGUCGGAGGUUUGAACCGUUGGGCACCUGGGAUGGAUUUUGUAUCGUCGUUAUUUGCUUACUUGCUGGGUUGGCUGUUUUGAGUACGAUUUUUGACUGCCGCUUGAAGAAGAAAUCAACGCUGGAUGAUCACUUUGGGACGGAUCCAGAGUCAAUCGAGUAUCGCAUCGCUACGUUAUGGUCCGUUCCGCGAAACAUUCAAUCCCUAACCACCCCUGCAAAGUCCGUUUUGAGCAAGGACUUCCGGUUCCUGGAGGGAAUCCGAUUCAUCACUAUGGUCACCAUCAUUCAAUUGCACACCACCGUAAUGUUGAUGCACGUUCCCACCGCACAUCCGGAACGGUUUGAAGAAACGCUGCAGAAUCCCGUGUUGGCAACACUGUCCCUGUUCACCCCGAACUUGGUGCAAUCGUUCUUCACUAUGGGGGGACUGUUGAUGGCGGUUAAUCUGUUGGAUUCGCUGGCGAAAAAUCCCGACAGCAUUCAAAGUUGGGGGAAGGUGCUUUGGGACAAGGUGGUCAACCGGUUGAAGCGGAUUCUUCCGGUGUACCUGUUUGUGAUGCUGGUGACGGCAACUCUGUACCGACGGAUCCAGCUUGGACCACUGUACGAUCGGAUCGUGGGCAUUGAGGCGAACAAUUGUCGCAAUAAUUGGUGGGUCAAUUUGCUGUUCUUGAACAAUUACGUAAAAGUUAAUGAAACGUGUGUUCAACCGAGCUGGUACCUGAGUGCAGAUUUCCAGUUUUAUCUGUUUGGAUUAAUUGCGCUGCUGACGAUAAAACGGUACCCUAAAACCACCAAGUAUUGGAUUGGAUUUAUGGUAACACUUAACUUUGUGGGACCAAGUUUGGUGAUGUGGAUUAGACAGUUGCCUCCGCUAAUGGCCACCGGUACAAGACCCGUGCUGCUAUUGUUCACCGAUGACGAAUGGUUCGCCCGGCUGUACAAACCGUUUCACACGAGCAGCGCCGGCUAUUUCUACGGCAUUCUGGCCGGCCUGGUGUAUCACCGGGCCAAGCCCUCGGGGGAAAGUCUGGUGCGCCGGAAGACUUUCCUGGCAGUUAAACUGAUGGCCAUCGCGAUCGUACUCGCAUGCUAUCUUCCGGCAUCGUUACUCUACGAAGUGAACCUGGAGUUGCCACCGUGGACAGUGCCGAUCUACGGUGCCGUGGCCAAAAAUUGUUGGGGCUUUUUGAGUGCAGUACUCUUCAUCGACAUGGCCCUGAGUAGCACGGAUCGUCUCCGGUCGCUGCUGGAGCACCGAUUCCUGCUGCCGCUGGGCAAACUGACCUACAGCGUGUACCACGGUCACUUUCUAAUUCUGAUGGCAAUUUCCAGCGGCAUCCGUGCGCCCCUGGCUAAUGACGCACUCACGCCGUUCUGGUUCACGGUGGUCGCCCUGGUGCUGUCCUACGGGCUAGGGUUGGUGGUGUUUCUGCUGGUCGAGCAACCGGUGGCAAAUUUGCUGGGAAGCAAGUCGCACUACGUCGAUUACAUCGGGGGACGAUUGCUGGACGGGGCGAGAAGUUGUCUCAGGAGUAUCAAUAAAAAGUUGUUUUAGGAAGAUCGAA